AUUUGUGACAUGGUGACAAACAACAGCCUUACUGAAGGGGAGUCAUCGCCUCAUGCACCCGGUCUCUUCACGAAGAAGACACACAUUGCGGCACGAGGGGCUGUUAUUUGUGCCAUUUCUAUGAAUGCGGUAUUGUUUCUGGGCUCUAAAUGUUGUAUGGUUCCCCGCGUCAACAUUUCUAAAUCCUCGGAAAGAGUUAUCAGCGUUGAACGGAUUACAAUUCUCUUUUGGUCUUCAUUAGUCUGCGUUGUUGCCGUCAUAUAUUAUUUGGUAGGCUUUCAUCUCCGAGAAGAUGCGUUAAUGUGGAUGAUAAACUAUUUUACAUCGGCUCGUCACCGUCCAUGGAUACUUUUAUUGUGGGGGGGAGCAGUUCCAUUGUCAGUUAUCUGUGUAGAGAGAUUUACAGGUGGCCUGCGCAAAACAGCGAGGCGGAAAUUGUUCCAUUUCAUCGCCGUUGUUCUCUUCACCCCUGUGGCUCUUGUGGAUCCAUCAUUUCUAUCACUUUCACUCUCCAUCGCCUCCUCAAUUGCCAUACUUGUGGAGCUGUCCCGUUUUUAUGGGGUCUACGGUUCAUCCACCUUAAAUGCGUUUAUGCUGGAGCACAUAGACGGUCGUGAUUCAAUCAGGGGUGCGGUGCGCACGCACAUUUAUCUCAUUUAUGGAUUGGGCCUCUCCAUGAUGCUGCGUUUCCGUUACGAGCGACCAGAACCGGUAUUGGAGUUUUCAAGUUGGAUGGAGCUUGCAAUUCAUAUUAUUCCGGGUCUUGUUUCUUUGGGCAUUGUGGACGCGUGUGCCGGCAUCGUGGGAAGCACAUUCCUCCUUUCGUAUCGUCGGGCUUUGGGACGGUAUCUAAAUAACAGCUUCUUUACCGAGCGGGCAAAUUCGUCCAUAACACACAAGACGACGACAGGGACAUUCGGAGGUUUAUUAUGUGGCAUUCUAUUUUGGUUGUUCAUAAUGUUGGUGGCGGGGAAUAUAAGGGAGGCGGAUGCGGGGCACAGUUUUAUUCUCAUACUUGUUUGUAGCCUCACGGAAUGUUUUAUGGACGGCAUAGACAACCUACAGCUCCCUUUAGUGGUGGACGGGGCCGUCCAUACAUUACUUGCGUUUCUCGUGCACAAAAAGAAGGCGAAAUGA